AUUGCCCAUUUGGAUCGAGGGGAGCAAAAUGGGAAUGUUGGUUUUUGUCUUCUCGGCAAUUCUGGGAACAACCCUUUUGAGCUCUUCCUCACUUGCUCUCACUGAAGAUGGUUUUGCGUUGUUGGAACUUAAAGGCACUUUGAAUGAUACUAAGAAUCUUCUCAGUAACUGGAAAGAUUCUGAUGAGUCUCCAUGCCAGUGGACUGGAGUCACCUGCGAUCCUAAUGACCAAAGAGUUAGCUCCAUUAACUUGCCCUACAUGCAACUCGGGGGGAUUAUUUCUCCAAGCAUUGGAAAACUCACAAGACUACAGAGACUGGCACUUCACCAGAACAGUUUACAUGGUGUUAUUCCUCAUGAAAUUACUAACUGCACAGAACUGAGAGCUGUGUACUUGAGGGCUAAUUAUCUUCAAGGAGGCAUACCCUCGGAUAUUGGGAAUCUUUCUGUACUCACUAUACUUGAUUUGUCAAGUAAUUCGCUUAAAGGUGCAAUACCUUCGUCUCUUGGCCGUCUGACACGGCUCCGCUAUCUGAAUUUAUCCACAAACUUCCUCUCAGGUGAAAUUCCAGAUGUCGGAGUUCUAAGCACUUUUGGGAACAAUUCGUUCAUAGGCAACUUGGACCUUUGUGGACGCCAAGUGAACAAAAUGUGUAGAACAUCACUUGGAUUCCCUGCAGUGCUACCACAUGCUGAAAGUGAUGAAGCUUCUGAACCAACAAAACGAUCAUCUCACUAUAUCAAGGAAAAGCUCGAGUCUCUUGAUGAGGAGGAUGUUGUGGGAUCUGGAGGAUUUGGUACUGUCUACAGAAUGGUCAUGAAUGAUUGUGGUACAUUUGCUGUUAAAAGGAUUGAUCGGAGCCGUGAAGGAUCUGACCAAGUUUUUGAAAGAGAGCUAGAGAUCUUAGGUAGCAUCAAGCAUAUAAAUCUUGCUUCCUUCUGCAAGCUUCUUAUAUAUGACUAUCUGCCCAAUGGCAACUUAGAAGACUUGUUGCAUGAAUAUCUACAAAGUGGAAGAGCCACUGAGAAGUCAGAUGUGUAUAGCUUUGGAGUUCUCCUCUUAGAACUUGUCACUGGAAAGAGACCAACUGAUCCUUCUUUUGUAAGACGAGGCCUAAACGUUGUCGGCUGGAUGAACACCAUGCUGAAAGAGAACAGACUAGAAGAUGUGGUGGAUAAAAGUUGUGCUAAUACUGAUGCAGAAACUGUAGAAGCAAUAGUUGAGAUAGCUGCAAGGUGCACUGAUGCCAACCCUGAUGACAGACCUUCAAUGCAACAGGUGCUGCAGUUCCUAGAGCAAGAGGUGAUGUCCCCUUGCCCAAGUGAUUUUUACGAGUCCCAAUCCGACUACUGC